UUUUGGCACCACACCGGAUACGUCACGGCUGCCUGAGAGGCUGGGAGCGGGAGACUUGUUGUCCUUAGCAACAGUUGCUAUCAACUCAGGCUGCUGUGUGUCCCGAGAGGUGACGCUGAGUUUUUACUUUUUAAAACUUUGAACUGCCGAGCGUCACCAUGCCUCGAGGCAGAUCAGCCAUAAGUGCACGCUCAGACAUCAGUGAGAUGGAUACUGAUGGCACAGCAGAAUCAGAGCUAGCCAAACUGCAAAGACAGUUCAGGAUCAUGGAAGGAGAUCGUCAGGCCUACAGCCUUCAGGCUCGUGAGCCGAUCCGCAAACAACAGCAGGAGAUAGAGAGUCUGCUGAAGGAGCAGGAGGAGCUGCAUCGAAACAGAUGUGCGUGCAAGAGCUUUUCACAGCAACAGCCGGACAGCGAGGACACGCAGCGUCUUCGCACACUGCUGGGGCAGCAAGACAUGCUGAAGGAGGAGCUGGGGAAAGAAAAGCAGUGUCAAAACGAUCUAGAGAAAGAGAUCGCAAGCAUGCAGUUGAAGCUGGCGGAGCUGAGAAAAGGGGAGGUCAGCACUGGUAAUAAACAGAGGUCUGAGGAUCGAAGGACUCGGAAGGCCAUACGCACUCUGGAAUACAAACUGGACAGAGCCUUAACUUGCUUCAGUGAGCAACUGACCAGGAACAGCCAGCUCAGAGAAGAGUUACAGUCUCUUCAUAUUGAGCGUGUCCGUUUCCAGCAAUUACAAAAAAGGCUGGAGAAGGAACUGGACGAUAUCCGCAAGAAGAUCGGGGAAAUCGUCAGCCUGUCCACUGCUGCUUAUGAUGUCAGGGAGGAAGCCAUGUCCAAGAUGACCAUGAUGAGGGAAAAGGCAGUGAAGGACCUUGCCCAGUUCAACGCUGAAAUGAAGGAACUGGAGAGGGUUAUUGCACAUGAGUGGAGUCUGAAAGAGUUCAUGACUACCAAGUGCAGCGAGAGGAGUGGGCAGGAGGGUGGCCAGGAGACAGGACACAGGCAGAUGUCAGAGCUGAAGGAGCAGAGGAGGGUGGACUCAGGGGAAGAGUCUCUGGACGCUCUGGAGGAGGUGUUUAAAAGGAUCCAGGCUGUGACAGGGGAGGACAACCUGGACAUGCAGGUCACCAGGUUCAUCCAGGAUGAAGACCAGAACUUUGCACUCUUCAAUUUUGUAAAUGAGCAAAACAACGAGGCCGAGGCGCUGAGGGAUCGAAUCAGCCAGAUACAAGCAGAGAGUGAGCAGUGUCAGGAAGCAGGUUUGAAACAGGAGCAGGAUCAUCGCUCUUUGCUGAAAGACAUUAAUGAGCAGCAAAAGGAAACCAAGUCCCAAGCUGAGGACUAUGAGCACCAAGCCAGCAUCAUAAGUGAAAUCCUGGACAAGAUAAAAACAGAACUGAACAGCAUCUUCUCCAAAAUAGAGUGCGACCGCUCAGUGAUUGAGGAUGCACUGGGCUCCUCUACAGGGAUCAGUGAGAACAACAUCAUGUCCUACCUCGGUCUGGUGGAACAGAAGACCAACGAGCUACUCACCAUUCAAGCUUUCCUCAAUUCAAAAGAUGUGGAAAAGGACUACAAUCCGAAAGACCUGGCCACAUUCCUUUUGGGUCAGAAUCCAGAGCUGCUUCAGCAGAAUUUUGGCAGCCAACUUGCAAUCAACAGUGUGGAUUAUGAAGCAGAAGAGUCUCCUGUCACUGAUGAGGAAGAACAGCCACUUUCUCAAGAUGAACUUCGCAGUAGAAUAAUGGAAAGGGUUCUGCAGAGAGAGAGUUCCGUCCGGCAGGCAGCAACCAAAGCGUCAAAGAUCAGUCAGCUGGACGGCAGACAGCGCUGCCUGGAAGACGCACUGAUCUGACACACUGACCUCAUCAGCACAUUAAAAAUGAGAUCCUCAUCUGCUGCUGAAGGGCCUUUAUUGUAAUAUAGAUCAAUCGGGGUCAUGAACCAGCUUGAUUGGCCAUGUUGAAAAGUUGCAGCUUGCACACGGAAAUAUUCAAAGCUUAAUUGUGUCAUGUGUAUGUCACCUAUUAUGAUGAAUCAUUGGCACAGUCUGUAUAUUAUAUCUUGGUGUGAUUUGUUUAGUUGUAACUAAUUAGGUUUGGAGCUAUAAAGAUGCCUUUUCAGACUCUGGUA